AUGGCGGAUGACAAGCACCCCUCACGAGCACAUACAAAUCCAAGGAGUGAUCGGGAGAUUGAGCCCAUCGAGGCCUCCUUUGAAAAGUUCUGGCAAGCAUUCUGGCUCCACCUGAAACUCCGGGCACACCGGCUACCCACUCAUGCGAAACACGAACAACCGGCAAAGAAGGCUGCGGUACUGCUAUACAGGCGCAAGGCCUGCUCCACGCGGAAGUCAGCCCGACGCCCACAAGCCCAGAGAAGCCCCCGACUAACUGGGGCCCGACCCCGGCGACACUCAAGAACACCUCUCCGAGUACCAGCCUCACAGCAAAAGCAGGAAUCUCCCCAGCAACACCGCUCUCAAAGACUGGACCCAGCUGGAAACUGGGAGCGAUCUGCACCACAGCUCAAGAGAGGUCACCCACACUCCCACGCCUCACACCUGCAAAAGGACUUACCUCUAGGGGCACCAUGGAGGCCUUUUGACCAGGCACACACGAAGCUCCACACUCAGCCCCGACAUCGGGCCAACGACGCCCCCGGGCAGGUCACCCCCAAGAUGGACAGGUCUGUACACCCUGUGGGCAUAGGCUGA